CAGUCUUGUGGGAAUGAGGAGGGCAGGGAUGGUAGCCUUUAUUCUCAGGAAUAUGUUCUUUAGAAUUUGUUACAAAAUAAUUAUUGCAAGUAACAAAUUUGGCAAUAACGAACACAUGUGGAUUCUUCAAUCCUACAGCUUUUUACGUGCUUUAUUUAUUACUUUGCAGCAGAAUUUUUGGAACACAAACUAAAUAACAUAUUCCUGAAAUAGAAUGACCAUCCAGAGAGAAGGGCUAUUAGGUUCCUUCCAAUGUUCCUUCUAGGAGACCACCAGGAGCAGGAGAAACGGGGUACAGUGUUGAGCCUACUGGGAGACAGGAGCUGGAGACAGUGUUGAGCCUACUGGGAGACAGGAGCUGGAGACAGUGUUGAGCCUACUGGGAGACAGGAGCUGGAGACAGUGUUGAGCCUACUGGGAGACAGGAGCUGGAGACAGUGUUGAGCCUACUGGGAGACAGGAGCUGGAGACACAGUGUUGAGCCUACUGGGAGACAGGAGCUGGAGACACAGUGUUGAGCCUACUGGGAGACAGGAGCUGGAGACACAGUGUUGUGCCUACUGGGAGACAGGAGCUGGAGACACAGUGUUGUGCCUACUGGGAGACAGGAGCUGGAGACACAGUGUUGAGCCUACUGGGAGACAGGAGCUGGAGACAGUGUUGAGCCUACUGGGAGACAGGAGCUGGAGACAGUGUUGAGCCUACUGGGAGACAGGAGCUGGAGACACAGUGUUGUGCCUACUGGGAGACAGGAGCUGGAGACACAGUGUUGAGCCUACUGGGAGACAGGAGCUGGAGACACAGUGUUGUGCCUACUGGGAGACAGGAGCUGGAGACAGUGUUGAGCCUACUGGGAGACAGGAGCUGGAGACACGGGGUACAGUGUUGAGACUACUGGAGACAGGAGCUGGAGACACAGUGUUGAGCCUACUGGGAGACAGGAGCUGGAGACACGGGGUACAGUGUUGAGACUACUGGAGACAGGAGCUGGAGAUACAGUGUUGAGCCUACUGAAAACAGACAGCCACCCCCGCCUCCUCCUCCUCUAAGAUAAGCCAUGAUCCCCAUCACUGAGCUGCGUUACUUUGUAGACUGCCAGCCGGCUUACCGCAUCCUGAAGCCAUGGUGGGACGUCUUCACCGACUACAUCUCCAUCGUCAUGCUCAUGAUCGCCGUGUUCGGGGGCACUCUGCAGGUCACCCAGGACAAGAUGAUCUGCCUGCCCUGCAAGUGGGUGGUCAACCAUACCUGCAGGAGGUAUUUCAACACUACUCUGUCGGCCCCGCUCUUGUUGGAGCCCAAAGGGAUCCAAUACAACCUGGAUCGCCACCAGUACAACUACGUAGAUGCUGUGUGCUACGAGAACCGCCUGCACUGGUUCGCCAAGUACUUCCCCUACCUGGUGCUACUGCACACCCUCAUCUUCCUGGCCUGCAGUAACUUCUGGUUCAAGUUCCCCCGGACUAGCUCCAAACUGGAGCACUUUGUGUCCAUCUUACUCAAGUGUUUUGACUCUCCCUGGACCACCAGGGCUCUGUCUGAGACGGUGGUGGAGGAGCGCGACCCCAAGCCCCACAAGAUGAACGGCUCCAUGGAUAAGAAGGCGUCGUGUGUCAGCGAGGACGUGGAGGCCAGCGUCCCCAUGCUCCAAAAGACAAAGUCUCGCCUGGAGCAAGGGAUCGUGGACCGCACUGAGACAGGCGUCCUGGAUAAGAAAGAGGGUGAACAGGCAAAAGCUCUGUUUGAAAAGGUGAAAAAGUUCCGCAUACAUGUGGAAGAGGGAGACAUUGUGUACAGGCUCUACAUCCGACAGACUAUUAUCAAAGUCAUUAAGUUCAUUUUUAUUAUCUGCUAUACGGGGUAUUAUGUGCACAAUAUUCAGUUCAGUGUGGACUGUAGUGUGGAUAUAGAGAGCCUCACAGGGUACAGCAUGUAUCGUUGUGCCCAUCCUCUGGCCACUCUGUUCAAGAUCCUAGCCUGCGUCUACAUCAGCUUAGUGGGGGUUUACGGCUUAAUUUGCAUGUACACUCUCUGUUGGAUGCUGCGGCGCUCGCUGAAGAAAUACUCCUUCGAGUCGAUACGAGAGGAGAGCAGUUACAGCGACAUACCGGACGUGAAGAACGACUUUGCUUUCAUGCUGCACAUGAUUGACCAGUACGACCCUCUGUACUCCAAACGCUUUGCUGUCUUCCUGUCCGAGGUGAGUGAGAACAAGCUGCGGCAGCUCAACCUGAACAACGAGUGGACUCUGGACAAACUGAGGCAGAGAAUCACCAAUAACUCCCAGGAGAAGUUGGAGCUGCACCUCUUCAUGCUGAGUGGCAUCCCAGACACAGUGUUUGACCUGAUGGAGCUGGAGGUGCUGAAGCUGGAGCUCAUUCCAGACAUUACCAUCCCUCCUAUCAUCGCCCAGCUGGUCAACCUGAAGGAGAUGUGGCUGUACCAUACCCCGGCUAAGAUCGAGGCUCCCGCCUUGGCCUUCCUCAGGGAGAACCUCAAGUCCCUCCACAUCAAGUUCACCGACAUCAAGGAGAUCCCUCUGUGGAUCUACAGCCUGAAGAACCUGAGCGAGCUGCACCUGACGGGGAACCUGAGUGCAGAGAACAACCGAUACAUUGUUAUUGAUGGGCUACGGGAGCUGAAGAGGCUCAAGGUGCUCCGGCUGAAGAGUAACUUGACCAAGCUACCUCAGGUGGUGACGGACGUGGGGGUGCACCUCCAGAAGCUGUCAGUCAACAACGAGGGCACCAAGCUAAUGGUCCUCAACAGCCUGAAGAAGAUGGUGAACCUGACUGAACUGGAGCUGAUACGUUGUGAUCUGGAACGCAUCCCACACUCCAUCUUCAGCCUGCACAACUUGCAGGAGAUUGACCUCAAGGACAACAACCUGAAGACCAUCGAGGAGAUCAUCAGCUUCCAGCACCUGCACCGGCUAGUCUGCCUUAAGCUCUGGUACAACCAGAUCGCCUACAUUCCCAUCCAGAUCGGCACCCUCAACAACAUGGAAAGGCUCUAUCUGAACAGGAACAAGAUCGAUAAGAUCCCCAGCCAGCUGUUCUACUGUCGGAAGCUGCGCUUCCUGGACCUGAGCCACAACAACCUCACCUACAUCCCAGCAGACGUGGGGUACCUGCAGAACCUCCAGUACCUGGUAGUCACUGCUAACAGAAUUGAGGCCCUGCCCAACGAGCUGUUCCAGUGUAAGAAGCUCCGUACUCUGAACCUGGGGAAUAACUGCCUGACGUCUCUGCCGUCACGCUUCGGGGAGCUGACGGCCCUGACCCAGCUGGAGCUGAGGGGGAAUAGACUGGACUGUCUGCCCGUGGAGCUGGGGGAAUGCAGGCAGUUGAAGAAGACGGGCCUGGUGGUGGAGGAGGACCUCUUCAACACCCUGCCCACCGAGGUGAAGGAGCAGCUGUGGAAGGUGGACAAGGAGACUGCCUGAGUAGAUAGGGGGUUGGGGGAUGGUAACUUAGUCGAAACGGACACAGGCCGGACACCUGGAGGACUGAAGAGGACUAGAGGACUACACAGAACUCGGACAGCUCGCUAACAGAGCAGCCCCUGCUCACUCUGACUGUACUCUACUCUACUGCAGGGAUGCUUUUCAAAGGGAAUCAAAGUCCCACAGCCAUGCCACUUUUUUUUCCAGACGUAAAAGAAGAUACAGAAAAGUCUGCCAUGGGAUACAGUGUGUGCGUUGAACAAGAUGAGAGAUGUCAGCUCGAAUGUGUUGCACGUGAGGAUACAAAAUGCAAAUGCCAUAUUUCUGUAAGAGAAGGGACUCUGCAGGUGGGCAGUGUAAUUGUCAUUAAGGCAGGGUAUAUUAUCCUGUUACAUACAGUACAAUAGGUCCCCCUUGAUAGAUUCUAGUCCAUAGGGUGCCAAGUGGCAAUAGUUAGUUGCCCACUCUCAGUAUGUGCCAUGAGAGAUGGUGUAUAGCUACUGUCCGCAAUGACAGGAGGAAGAAGCUCCAUUAAAGGAGGAUUCUCCAAGAUCUCUGGUCCUGUGCUCAUUACUCUAGUGUGUGUGUGUGUGUGUGUGUGUGUGUGUGUGUGUGUGUGU